AAUUUCCCUUACCUUCCUCUCUCAUUCGCUAAAAAAAAGGAAAAAAAAAAACCUCAAUCUUACCUUCUCUGUCCUGUGUUUUUGAGCGAUUUCUAGGGUUUUCAGUGGGAGGUUGAAGGAGGGUUUUUCAUUUCUGAAUUUCAUGAGAUUGUAUUCAUGGUGGAUUCAGUCUUGGCUUUAAUCGCAUUUCAUAAUUCAUCUACCAAUCCUUAUACUCUCUGACCUAAUGACUAUUGCCAGUAGUGAAUGGCUCGAUUUCACUCCCGCUCCAUUUUUGUUUUGCUUAUAGUAGUUGUUGUUCUUGUUACAGAGUCUCAGUUUGUUCUUUCAUCCACGGCCGACGAUGAAUUUUCCAUUCUCGAUUACGAUGCGUUUCUUUUUCAUCAGGAUUACUCGCCGCCGGCCCCACCGCCACCGCCGCCUCAUCCACCUUCAGUUUCCUGCACCGAUGAUUUAGAUGGUGUUGGUUCGCUGGAUACUACAUGUCAGAUUGUCAACGAUUUGAACCUUACUCAUGACGUGUAUAUAGCCGGGAAGGGGAAUUUUUAUAUCCUGCCUGGGGUGAAAUUUAAUUGUCCUAAACCAGGGUGUUCGAUUACUAUUAACAUUACUGGUAAUUUUGCGUUGAGCAAUGAUUCUUCUAUAUUUACCGGGAGUUUUGAGUUGGCUGCCUGUAAUGCUAGCUUUCUUAAUGGGUCUGUGGUGAACACGACGGCUUUAGCUGGGAAUCCGCCGUCACAGACUAGUGGAACGCCACAAAGUGUUGAUGGAGCAGGGGGAGGACAUGGAGGGAGGGGAGCAUGUUGUUUGACGGAUACAACUAAGCUUCCUGAGGACGUUUGGGGAGGGGAUGCUUACUCAUGGGCAUCGCUGCAGAAACCUAGCAGUUUUGGGAGCCGGGGUGGUUCAACGAGCAAGGAGGUAGACUAUGGUGGAAAGGGUGGCGGGAAAGUGAAGUUGAACGUCGACGAUCUUCUUAUACUUGAUGGCGUUGUUCUGGCGGAUGGGGGUGAUGGAGGGACUAAAGGUGGAGGUGGAUCAGGUGGCAGCAUCUAUAUCCUUGCUCACAAAAUGAUUGGUGAUGGCAAGAUAAGUGCAUGUGGAGGUAAUGGAUAUGGUGGGGGUGGUGGUGGAAGAAUCGCUGUUGAUGUUUUCAGCAGGCAUGAUGAUCCUCAAAUUUUUGUUCAUGGGGAAAAGGCUGGAUAUAUUACGUUUCAGUUGCAUAGUUUGCUAAGCUCAUUUUGGGGACGUAGUUUGGCGUGUCCAGAAAAUUCUGGUGGUGCCGGGACGCUAUAUGAUGCUGUUCCUCGAAGCCUUACAAUUUCCAAUCAUAACUUGACAACGGAUACGGACACACUUCUUUUGGAGUUUCCUAAUCAACCACUUAUGACAAAUGUUUAUGUUCGAAAUAAUGCCAGGGCUUCGGUUCCUUUGCUUUGGAGUCGUGUUCAGGUUCAAGGUCAGAUUAGCCUUUUAUCUGGCGGAGUAUUAAGUUUUGGGCUGGCGCACUAUGCCUCAUCAGAGUUUGAGCUGUUGGCAGAAGAACUUUUAAUGAGCAACUCAGAAAUCAAAGUGUAUGGGGCUCUACGCAUGUCAGUGAAAAUGUUUUUGAUGUGGAAUUCUAAAUUGCUUAUAGAUGGAGGUGGGGAUUCUGGCGUUGUGACAUCCUUGCUUGAGGCCAGUAACUUGAUAGUUCUUCGGGAAUCAUCCGUUAUACAUUCUAAUGCUAACCUGGGAGUCCACGGACAAGGUUUAUUGAACUUGUCAGGUCCUGGAGAUUGGAUUGAAGCACAGCGUCUAGUUCUGUCUUUAUUUUAUAGUAUUCAUGUUGGUCCUGGAUCUAUUUUGCGAGGCCCUGUAGAUGAUGCAGCAAAAAAUGCUGUGACUCCUAAGCUCUACUGUGAAGACCAAGAUUGCCCCAUGGAACUAUUUUAUCCUCCUGAAGAUUGCAAUGUGAACUCAUCACUCUCUUUCACCCUCCAGAUCUGCAGAGUCGAAGAUAUCACUGUAGAGGGUCUUAUCAAAGGUUCAGUUGUUCAUUUCCACAGGGCAAGAACUAUAACCGUCCAGUCUUAUGGGAUGAUCAGUGCAUCUGGGAUGGGGUGCACAGGAGGUGUGGGAAGAGGGAAUGCCAUAGGCAAUGGAAUAUACAGUGGUGGUGGGUAUGGUGGUAGAGGUGGGGAAGGAUGCUUCAAUAAUAACUGUGUCCCAGGUGGCAUCUCCUAUGGGGAUGCAGAUCUUCCCUGUGAGCUUGGUAGCGGGAGUGGAAAUGAUAGUUUAGCUAGUUUCUCUUCAGGUGGAGGCAUUAUAGUGAUGGGCUCAUUAGCGCAUCCAUUGUCAAGCUUGCUCAUUGAAGGGUCGGUGACAUCUGAUGGAAACAAUUUCAAUGGAACUGCAGAAAUGAAAAAGUUGACCAAUAUUCAAGGUUCUAGUACAGGCCCUGGGGGAGGUUCUGGUGGAACUAUCCUUUUGUUUGUUCAUACACUGGCUCUUGGUUCAUCAGCUGUUCUUUCAAGUGUUGGUGGAUAUAGUCUAGCAAAUGGAAGUGGUGGAGGUGGUGGAGGAAGGAUUCACUUUCAUUGGGCUGACAUACCUACAGGAGAUGUGUACCAGCCCAUUGCUAGUGUGAAAGGUCAUAUUGGUACCCGUGGAGGUACAGGUGGUGAACAGGGUGGUGGAGGUGAACAUGGUACUGUGACUGGGAGCGCGUGCCCUAAAGGUCUUUAUGGAACAUUUUGUGAGGAAUGUCCCGCGGGUACUUUCAAGAAUGUCAGUGGAUCUGAUAGAGCUCUUUGUCGACAAUGCCCCCCUGAUGAGCUUCCACAUCGUGCCAUUUAUGUAUCUGUUCGAGGUGGCAUUACUGAAACUCCAUGCCCUUACAAAUGCAUUUCAGAUAGAUACCAUAUGCCGAAAUGUUAUACUGCUCUUGAAGAGUUAAUUUAUACAUUUGGUGGUCCUUGGCUUUUUUGUGGUCUCCUACUUGGUCUGCUUGUUCUGCUGGCAUUGGUGCUUAGUGUUGCACGGAUGAAAUUUGUCGGGGUGGAUGAGCUACCUGGCCCUAUGCCAACUCAACAUGGAUCUCAAAUUGAUCAUUCCUUUCCUUUCCUGGAGUCACUGAAUGAGGUCUUGGAAACAAAUAGAGCUGAGGAGUCUCAAAGUCAUGUGUAUAGAAUGUACUUUACGGGUCCAAACACCUUUGGUGAGCCUUGGCAUCUUUCACACUCCCCUCCAGAACAACUGAAAGAGAUUGUAUAUGAGAGUGCAUUUAAUACAUUUGUGGAUGAGAUCAAUGCUAUAGCAGCAUAUCAAUGGUGGGAGGGUGCAGUAUACAGUAUUCUUUCUGCUCUUGCAUAUCCUCUAGCAUGGUCAUGGCAGCAAUGGCGUCGAAGGCUGAAACUGCAACGUUUACGCGAGUUUGUUAGAUCAGAAUAUGACCAUGCUUGCUUGCGAUCUUGCCGCUCUCGUGCUCUUUAUGAAGGCAUUAAGGUCGCAGCAACACCCGAUCUAAUGCUUGCAUUUGUGGACUUCUUUUUGGGUGGAGACGAAAAAAGAAAUGAUCUUCCUCCUCGUUUGAAUCAAAGAUUUCCACUCUCUUUACUCUUUGGAGGCGAUGGAAGUUACAUGGCUUCUUUUUCACUUCAUAACGACAACAUUCUUACUAGUCUCAUGAGUCAGGCCCUACCGCCUACAACAUGGUACCGCAUGGUUGCUGGCUUGAAUGCACAGUUACGGUUGGUUCGUCUUGGUCAGCUUAGAUCGACAUUUCUACCCGUUGUUAGAUGGCUGGAAAAUUUUGCAAAUCCUGCUUUGAGGAAUCAUGGCAUUCGUGUGGAUCUUGCUUGGUUUCAGGCUACAGCCUAUGGUUAUUGUCAGUAUGGUCUCCUUAUAUCUGCUGCUGAAGAAAUCAGUCCUUCGGCCAUUAGAAGUUAUCAAGAAAAUGCACAAUAUGAUCAAACUUCACGUGUGAAGAACAUUCCUAGAGAGAAUCAGUCAGCCCAUUUGACGGAAGAAACACAUUUAAGACAAGACCAUAUUUCUGGUGAAGGCCGUGCUAGGCGAAAGAAGUCAUAUGGGGGCAUUUUAGAUGUCAGCAGUCUACAAAUGCUCGAGGAGAAGAGAAAUAUAUCUUGCCUUCUAUCUUAUGUGCUUCACAAUACAAAACCUGUUGGUCACCAGGAUCUUGUUGGUUUAGUCAUAUCAAUGUUACUUCUUGGGGAUUUCAGCUUAGUUUUGCUUACUCUGCUCCAGAUGUUUUCAUUCUCAUUGGCAGACGUUUUUCUAGUUUUGUUUAUUUUGCCUCUCGGCAUUCUCCUUCCGUUCCCUGCUGGAAUCAAUGCCUUAUUCAGCCAAGGACCUAGGCGUUCUGCAGGCCUCGCUCGUAUCUAUGCAUUGUGGAACAUCACAUCCUUGGUCAAUGUUUUGGUUGCAUUUCUCUGUGGAUAUGUUCACUCUAAAUCUCAAUCGUCGAAACAUCCAAGCUAUCAGCCAUGGACUAUUAACAUGGAUGAAAGCGAAUGGUGGAUCUUCCCAGCGGGAUUGGUUGCUUGUAAAUUUCUCCAAUCCCGACUCAUUAAUUGGCAUGUUGCGAAUCUCGAGAUCCAAGAUCGAUCCUUGUACAGUAAUGAGUUCGAUAUGUUCUGGCAGUCCUGAUGAUUAUUAUUUGCCCAUCUUGACAAAGACUCUAUUUUCUCUUACCUUGUCCUUUUUUCUGGGGGAGGGAAAGUUCUUUACCACAGCAGGCAGGCGUUCUUUCUACCAUUUCUCCACAAAUACAGCUUCAUCAUCAUCACCCCACACUCAAAAUUGACUCUUAGGGCAGAAGUAGAUAACAAUCAAAUAUCAAAAUCUUAAUUCAAAAUCCAAACAAAAUAGAUAAAGAAAAAGAAGAGGCAUUCACAAUUGUAAUCAAAUCCAUUUCUUUUUGUUUCCCCUAAAGACAGCAUCUUCUUUUCCUUUUCCUUACGUCUUGUCUACAGUGUUGUAUAUAAUUUGGGAUUUAUUGUUGCCCUUUGAAUCCCAUUUCUGUACCUCUUUCACAAUCCUGGGCUUUCACCAUUUCUAAUCAACUGACUACAAUAUUCAAGAUUUAAAGGUCAUUUUUUACUGUAAUAAGCUCAGUGGCUAUGGCAAUGGCAGAGAAAUUUGUGCU